AUGACCUGCUGCUGCUGCUCCCCUAGCUGCCAGCCCAUCUUCUGUGGGUCCUGCUGCUGCCAGCCUUGCCAUUGCCCCACACUUUACUGGCAGCCAACCUUCUGUGGGUCCUCCUGCUGCCUGCCUUGCUGCUGCCAAACUUGCUAUUACUAUAGCUGCUGCAAGACCACUUGCUGCAAUACCACCUGCUGUUGCUGUGAGUCCAGCUGCUGCCAACCUUGCUACUGCAGCACACCCUGCUACCAGCCUACCUCCUGUGGAUCUUGCUACCACCAGCCUUGCUGCUGCCAAACUUUUUAUUACUACAGCUGCUGUAAGACCACCUGCUGCAAGACCGUCACCUGCUGUUGUUGCAGUCCUUGCUGUGGGUCCAACUGCUGUCGACCUUGCUUCUGCAAAACUUGCUAUUACUACAGCUGCUGCAGGACCACCUGCUGCAAGACAACCUGCUGUUACUGGAGUCCUUGCUGUGGGUCCAGCUGCUGCCAACCUUGCUGCUGCUGA